UAUAUUGAAACUAGGUCAGUGGGGUGUCUGCUUGAUUACACUAAGGUCGGCUCAGCGUCGCGGUUGUCUAUCUGCCUGGUGAGCUGGGCUAGUGCAAGUUCUGCAACGUGUUGUCUGGAGUGCAAACAUCGCAUUGGCCCUUGUGCACGUGAUAGUUGUGCACUGUAGAUAAGCUGCAAGCAGAGUGAUUAAAUUUAAAGAUGUCUGAUCAGGAGGCGAUGCUUUUUCCAGAGAUCAAAUAUACCAAGAUCUUUAUCAACAAUGAGUGGCAUGACUCUGUCAGUGGGAAGACUUUUCCUACCAUCAAUCCGUGCACUGGUGAGAAGAUAUGUGACGUACAGGAGGGAGAUAAGGCGGACAUAGACAAGGCAGUCAAGGCGGCAAGAGAUGCCUUUGCCCUGGACGCCCCGUGGAGAACAAUGGACGCUUCACAGCGAGGUAAUCUGAUGGUCAAGUUGUGUGAGCUGAUGGAGAGAGAUAAAGUUUACCUGGCUAGCUUGGAGACUCUGGACAAUGGAAAGCCAUAUCUGGACUCCCUGGGAGACCUGCAGAUGACCAUUGACUGCAUUAAGUACUAUGCUGGCUAUGCAGACAAGAUACAUGGGAAAACUAUCCCCAUGGAUGGGGAUUUCUUUUCCUACACUAAACUUCACCCUGUGGGAGUUUGUGGCCAGAUUAUCCCGUGGAACUAUCCCCUGAUGAUGGUAGCUUGGAAGUGGGGACCAGCUCUCGCCUGCGGCAACACAAUUAUAAUGAAACCUGCAGAACAGACGCCAUUGACAGCCCUCUACUGUGCCGCAUUAUCUGUGGAGGCUGGUUUUCCCCCUGGGGUCAUAAACAUAGUCCCUGGGUAUGGCCCCACUGCAGGAGCAGCCCUGGCAGAACACAUGGAUGUGGACAAGAUAGCUUUCACUGGGUCCACUGAGGUUGGACAGUUAGUGAUGAUGGCUGCAGCAAAGAGCAACAUGAAGCGGGUAACAUUUGAGAUGGGAGGGAAAAGUCCAAAUAUCAUCUUUGAUGAUGCUGAUUUGGACGAAGCUGUGACUUGGGCCCAUGCUGCCAUUAUGAACAAUCACGGCCAAAACUGCUGUGCUGGGUCUAGAACAUAUGUUCAGGAGGGGAUUUACGACGAGUUUGUCAAGAGGAGUGCAAAGAUGGCGGCUGAGAGAGUGGUGGGUGAUCCGUAUGAUAAGAAAACACAGCAAGGCCCUCAGGUGGACCAGGAGAUGUUUGACAAGGUGAUGAAAUACUGCAAUAUCGGGAAAGAAGAGGGCGCCACUUGCCAAGCCGGCGGGGAACGCUGGGGAAACGUCGGAUACUUCGUCAAACCCACAGUUUUCUCAGAUGUCACAGAUGAUAUGAGGAUAGCAAGAGAGGAGAUCUUUGGACCAGUUCAAACCAUCCUCAAGUUCAAAACACUUGAGGAGGUGAUAGAGAAAGCAAACAGCAGUAAAUAUGGACUGGCAGCUGGAGUUCACACCAGAGACAUUAACAAGGCAUUUACUGUGGCUCAGAGCUUGCAGGCUGGGUCAAUGUGGGUUAACUGCUAUGACUGCAUAUCAUCCCAGACACCAUUUGGUGGAUUCAAGCAGUCUGGCCAUGGAAGGGAAUUGGGAGAGGAGGGCUUGAAAGAAUACUAUGAAGUAAAAACUGUAACAAUCAAAGUCCCUAAAAAGAUUUCUUAAAGAAGAAACAUCCUGAGCCAUGGGAUGCAUUUUUAAAGUCAGGUAGAUAACUAGUUGUGGACUCUAAGUAAUAAACUGAUUAAGAAUAGUUUUUUUUAACUGAUCAACAAAUGGACACUUUCCCAUGCAUCCAACCACAGAGUAUUAAAAUCGUCAUAUAUCAAAACUGUAUUACAGAUAACUUGAAGUGGGAUAGGAAUGAAGUGUAUAUUAGAUUGGAACACCCUGCAGUUAGCUACAGUAUGAAUACAUGUAUAUCCAGUAUGGCUGCCAAUUCAAGAUGGCACCUGGUUUGAAUUUUGAUUUUAAUUUGAAAGUUUUAAAAUAAAGACUGUUAAGUUUA